UCGUCGGCCUCGGUCGGGCUAGCCCGUUAGCCAUCGGUCCCCCUGGAUUUGAGUUAUUUUAGCCAGGAACCUCCACAAUGACCCCCUAGAUGCUUCUGAGAUCGACAGCAAUUGGCGUCUCGGGCGAGAGGGAAGGAGCGAGGUUUGAAAGGCUCUGCACCUCCCAGAAGGAAGGGUAGAAAGCGAGCGGGCCCAUGGAGGCAGUAACAUUCAAGGAUGUGGCUGUGGUCUUCACUAAGGAGGAAUUCAGACUGCUGGACUCCACCCAGAGGAAGCUGUACCAAGAUGUGAUGGUGGAGAAUUUUCGGAACCUGCUCUCAGUGGAGUAUCAACUUUUCAAACGAGAUAAGCCAUACUUAGAAAGAGAAGAGAAGCCUCAAAUGAGGAGAGCAGCCCUGAGGGAGAAAGAUUCAGGGAUUAACGGUCAGAGUGCGAGAGGAGCAGUCCGAGGUGGAGGGUCACCCGAAGCCCUUCCCUGCUGGCAGAUCUGGCAGUGGGUCACGGACGACUUAACCACGAGUCAAGACUCUGUGGUAAAUACUCCUCAACUACAGGGCGAGCCUCCCUGCCAGUCCAGGCCAAGGCCAUCUGCUCCCGUUUCUAUAGAUGAGAACUAUAUAAAGAGUCCUACAGUAAAUGUUCCCAUCUACUCUGGAAGGCUCCCACUUCCUACUCUGAGAACCCAGAACACUUUCCUGACUGAGCGGCAGGCUCGUAAGGGUCAGUACUACCAAGUCUCCCAUAGAGAUGAAGCGGGCCAGAGGAAACAGGAAACUCACUCUACAAGCUGGAUUCCAUAUCCCCGCUCUGACCACAGAGGAUACAAGAGUAAGGAGCGGUAUAGCCCCAGUGAUCAUGGGAGAGACGGUGUGGAGGUGGCGCCAUUUGACCAGAAUGGAGUGAUUCACACUAGACAGAAAAGCUCCCAACACAGAGAAGCCGUUACCGAUCCUUCCAGCUCGGAUUCUCACCAAGUGUUAGACUCGGGAGAGAGGGCUUGUGCGUGUGUCGAAUGUGGGAGAGGUUCCCCUUGUGGCACAGAUGGCUGCGUUCAUCAAGAUCGUACAGGAGAAGAACGUAAGGAAUUCGGUCAUAAUCCACAGGAGCGCACCCAUGAGAGGGUCUGCACGCCAGCGAAACCGUACACCUGUGAGCAGUGCAGAAAAGUCUUCACUUGUAAGUCAGCACUUAAUGUCCAUCUGAAAGUGCACACUAGGGAGAGACCUUACAUUUGUGAGACGUGCGGGAGUGCCUUCAGUCAGGCCUCCCACCUCCAGGACCACCAGAGGCUCCACACUGGGGAGAAGCCAUUCAAAUGCGAUGCCUGCGGCAAGAGUUUCAGUCGCAGUUCCCACCUGCGGUCCCACCAGAGGGUCCACACAGGAGAGAAACCAUACAAGUGCGGGGAGUGUGGGAAGAGCUUCAUUUGUAGCUCCAAUCUCUACAUCCAUCAGCGAGUCCACACAGGAGAAAAACCCUAUAAAUGUGUGGACUGCGGGAAAGAAUUUAGUCGCCCCUCGAGUCUUCAGGCCCAUCAGGGCAUUCACACGGGAGAGAAGUCCUACGUUUGUACUAUGUGUGGGAAAGGCUAUACCCUGAAUUCAAAUCUCCAGGUCCACUUGAGAGUCCACACGGGCGAGAAGCCGUACAGCUGUGACGUGUGUGGGAAAGGCUUCAGUCGCUCUUCACAGCUACAGUCCCAUCAGAGAGUCCACACGGGCGAGAAGCCUUACAAGUGUGACGUGUGUGGUAAGAGCUUUGGUUGGCGGUCAAACCUUAUAAUUCAUCACAGAAUCCACAGCAGCGGUAAACCCUACAAGAGCAAGAGAGAUGAUAAAAACAUCAAGGAAUCCAUUCAGGAAAAACGUUCUAUAAAAUAG